AUGUGCUGCAAAGUAGCUUUUGACAUCGCAGACAACAUCGUCAUCCAUCAGGAGAGGUCAAAGCACAUCGACAAGGACUUUGCCCUCCUUGGAGGAACCCCCAGUUGCAAAACUCAUUCAUUAGCGUGGCGAGACCGCAUCGCUCAAAACAAGCUGCUCCCCAUUGGCACGCGCGACUCGCCACGCCCUCCCUCCCAGGCUUCCCUUCCGGGUCGGAGGUCAGGCGUGGCCCGAGAGACCCGAUUGGCCGGCUGCUCCUGGCAACGGUCGCUGGGCAACGGCGUGGGGGGCCGAGCCUGGCACGGCGGCGGGAGGGAAGGAGGCGGCAGCCCUGCAAAGUGGGCCGCCGGGCCAGCGCGGAGCGGCGGGGGCGAUGAAGGCGGUGCUGGUGGCGCUGGCGUUGAGCCCCUUCUGGGUCGCCGUGCACAGAAAAUAAACUCUCGGUGGGUCUUUGCGGAAAGUUCUGCUCUCUCUGACGCUUUUGAUUGUCUUUCAGAAGCAGAAGAAAGCCUCGCCAAUCAGAGAGGAAAACUCGUUUCGAAAGAGGAGACGCUGAACAAGAGUAAAAGACUAACAGCGCAAGAUUCUUUGUCGUCGCAAGCACAGGAGCUUGCUGCGAAAAAGGACAAAAGCGAAGAAUUUUAUAAGAGGAGCCUCAAAAUAUUGAAACACUCGAAGAGCGACAGAGACAAGGAAGAAGCCUACAAGCUCCUCGCCAAGGCAGCCAAAAUGGGGAACCAGAAGGCCAUGGAGAAAUUGGCUGCCAACAUGCUGUUUGGCUAUAACGGCCCUCAAAACAUUAAAGCCGCCGUAUCGUUAUACGAGAUUUUAGCUGACGCGGGGUCUCAUAAAGGCCAGACUGCGUUAGGGUUUAUGCUCUCCUAUGGCAUAGGAGUGGAACAUAAUCAAGCAAAGGCACUUGUAUACUACACCUUUGCAAGUAUCGGAGGAAGUCUGAUAUCCAAGACGAUCCUGGGUUAUCGGUUCUGGCUAGGAAUCAACGUCCCAAGGAACUGCGAGGCAGCACUCGUCAACUACAGGAAAGUUUCUCAUUUCAUCGCUAAACAAUUAGAGAAGAGCGAAGACUUGCCAGUAGAAAAAGUGAGGCUGACGGAAAAGCCAGACAAUCAUAGUUCUAAUACAGAAUUCUUGGACUGGGAUGUUUAUCAGUACUACCGGUUUUUGGCCGAAAGAGGAGACACGCAGAUACAAGUGUUCCUCGGACAACUGCACCUUCUGGGAAGAAAAGGCCUUAAAAGAGAUCAUGCUAAAGCCUUCUACUACUUCCUAAAAGCGGCAGACGCAGGAGACCCAAAUGGUAUGGCGUUCUUGGGAAAGAUGUAUUUAGAAGGCAGCGCUGCAGUUGUUCAGGAUAAUGUAACUGCCCUGAGGUAUUUCAGAACUGCCGCAGACAAGGGCAAUCCUCUUGGGUUAUGCGGACUAGGUCUCCUUUAUUUCCGUGGCAGAGGUGUCCAGGUGAAUUAUACAGAAGCUUUUAAAUACUUUAAAAAAGCAGCUGAGAAAGGAUUUCCCAGAGCCCACCUUCAUCUAGGAGUCAUGUACCACACUGGCGCAGGAGUCAGGAAAGAUUCUAAACUUGCCUUCCAAUAUUUUUACUUGGCAACUCAAACUGGAGAACCCCUUGCGGUUUAUCAUUUGGCCGAAAUGUAUGCCACAGGAAGUGGGGUGCGUCGAUCAUGCCAAACUGCUGUUGAACUUUACAGAACUGUGUGUGAGCUUGGAAGAUGGUCCGAGAAAUUCCUGACAGCAUACUUUGCUUACCAGGCCAGACAGACCGAUCCAUCUCUGGUCCACUACUUAUUCCUAGCCGAAAUGGGCUACGAGGUCGCUCAGAUCAACUCGGCCUACAUUAUCGAAUCCGAGAAGAUUGAACUCUUCCGCCGAAACCAGAUGUAUCCACUGGCUCUUCUUUUAUGGAACCGGGCUGCCACUCAAGGCAAUGCAUUUGCCAGAGUUAAAAUGGGAGAUUAUCACUACUACGGUUUCGGAACCGAGAGAGAUUACAUCACAGCGGUGGUCCACUACACCUUGGCUGCCGAACAAUACAGCGCUCAAGCUAUGUUCAAUCUGGGAUAUAUGUGUGAGCACGGCAUAGGCGUUUCCAAGGAUAUACAUUUAGCUAGAAGAUGGUACAACCUGGCAGCAAAGACGAGCCCCGAUGCUUUGAUACCAGUGUUCCUGGCAAGCGUUAAACUAGAAGCUACCCAUCUGCUCAGUGAACUGCAGCUUCUCAAUCUUACCGGAAACUGGAAAUUGCCAGACCUGGAGAGAAUACUAAGACUACACUGGGACCUGCUUUUGAUGCUCUUCAUUGCGAUGUUGCUGAUACUGUUAAUAAACGGUAGGCAAAACUAA